GCGCGGAGUGCACGGGAAGUGUUAGCAGGAGGAAGAUCCAGCAGCCGGAUAGAGACAGAGCCAGCGGCGAAUGGGACCAGGACGUGCGGUGUCCGGGCUGGGCGCUCCAGCAUCCCCCGGCCCAGUCAUGAACAGCCCGGCCUCCCCAGCCCCGGGAGUGUAACCGGCCGAGCGUGCCCGUCACGGAGCCCCGAGCCCGGGGAGAGGAUGCUAAGACAGUCCGCGGUCUCAGGCCAGCUAUGGAAGGGGUUCUGUUUAAAUGGACCAAUUACAUCACAGGUUGGCAACCUCGUUGGUUUGUGUUAGACAAUGGUAUUCUGUCUUACUAUGAUUCCCAAGAUGAUGUUUUCAAAGGCAGCAAAGGAAGUAUUAAAAUGGCAGUAUGUGAAAUUAAAGUUCAUUCAACAGACAGCACAAGAAUGGAACUCAUUAUCCCGGGUGAGCAACAUUUCUAUUUAAAAGCAGUAAGUGCAGCUGAGAGGCAGAGGUGGUUGGUGGCAUUAGGAAGUUCUAAAGCUUGCCUGACAGACAACAGAACAAAGAAAGAGAAAGAAAUAAGUGAAACCAAUGAAUCUCUGAAAACCAAAAUGUCGGAACUCCGUCUGUAUUGUGACCUGUUGAUGCAGCAGGUUCAUACUAUCCAGGAAUUUGUGAAUCAGGAUGAAAAUCGUCCAUCUCCAAGUACUGAGAACAUGAAUGAGGCAUCCUCUCUGCUCAGUGCGACCUGCAACACAUUUAUCACCACGCUGGAAGAAUGUGUCAAGAUAGCAAAUGCCAAAUUCAAGCCAGAAAUGUACCAGCUGCCUCCUCAUGAUUUACUUGCCUCGGCGGUGUCCCCUUCUCCAGUUCAGAUGAUGAAAAGGUCUAUGAGCCAUCCUGGCACGUACACAUCAGAGAGGGUUAACUAUUCAUCAAAGGAGCCAAUUUCAUCCUUCCAUCGGGCGUCUCACCGGAGACGAAGUGCUUACUCUGAUACUGAAACUUUUACUGAUGUAGAAGAAAUAGACAGGCCUGUACAGAGCCCAAGAUUUGGGAUGAAUGGCGAUUUGCCUCCUACAAGCAUUCUAGAAGAAAACGGACAUAAGUCGAGGAAACCAUCGGAGUCUGAUGAUUUUCACAUGCCAAUUUCUUCCUGAACUUAACAAAGGAAGAAUAGAUAUUACAGAUUGAAAAAGUCCUGCUAUGCAAUAGCUGCCGGUAUUUGAUUUUUGUGACAAGGAAUAAUCUCUGAACCCAUAGAUGGAUUUCGCUGCACUUUAUAAAAAUAAUGUAACAGCAAACUUUCAAGUGAAUUUUAUCUUUGUACACUUUGCAGGAGUAUUUUCCUAAUAAUCUUCACUGUAUUAAUGUGCACCCUCGAACAAACAACUGUAUAACACAUUAGAAUAUGCAAUUAUUUGUGAAGGUUUUUUCUUCUUCAAGUUAGAGGACUUGAUAGCUUUGCACAGAGAUGGUUGGUCUCAAACUCAUGAAUCUGAGAAGUCAACUUAAAUGAAAAUAAGUAGUUUGUUUCAAACUAUACAGCAUGGUGCAAGUGCCAAGAACGUUAUAAAUGUACAGCAUAUCCAUAACUACCUUUCUUGUUUUCAAGUAUUUUUUUUUUUUUUUUUUUAUGUUUCAUUGUACAGUUGCACUGAAGUUCUCAUUUAUACCAAUUACCUAGGUAGAAUUAAAGAGCCACUAUACUUA